AUGAUGUCUUUGUUACAGGUGUCUCUAAAUGGAAAAUCUGUGUUGGUUACUGGUUGUGAUUCAGGAUUUGGAUACGAACUGGCACUUCGGCUAGAAAGAAUGGGGGCAGUAGUGUUUGCAGGCUGUGUGAAAGCCCAAGAAGGUGGUGCGAAGGAGCUGAAAGAUCUUAAUCUGAAGAGGCUUCAUGUCAUACAGUUGGACGUGACAUCUGACGAACAGGUUGCAACUGCUACUGAUUACGUCAGCAGGCACAUUCCACCUCAAGGACUGUGGGCAGUGGUGAAUAAUGCUGGACUGAAUGCAUUUGGUUAUGUAGAAUGGGUGCCCAUCACUACAUGCAAGAAGGUCAUGGAUGUUAAUGUAUGGGGUGCAGUACGGGUUAUUCAUUCUUUCCUGCCUCUUCUCCGUGACACCAGAGGUAGAAUAGUGAAUUUGUCCAGUGCACUUUCCCGUUUCAGUUUGCCCAACAGAUCAACAUAUGGAAUUACUAAGUAUGGGAUACAGGCUUUGUCAGAUUCUCUGAGGUUUGAGAUGAAGCGCUGGGGAAUUAGUGUUUCAAUCAUUGAGCCUGGAAGUCUUGUCAGUGGAAUCUUCACUGAGGAUUCAGUCAAGAAGCAGGCUGCUAACCUGUGGAACCAGAUACCUGAAGCAGUGCAGAAAGUGUACACUAAGGAAUUCUAUGAUAAUGUUGUUGGGAGCAUGCUGAAAUACAGCACUAAGGGAGCAAUUCCCAAAGCUCCUGUGGUAGAUGCAUAUGUAAUGGCAUUGGUGCACCGCUACCCUCAUCCCCGUUAUCAGCCCAUGGAACUGAAAAUGAAGAUAAUGGCUUGGGUGAACACUCACCUCCCAGAAUGGGUGUUUGAGAGAAUUUUUACGUUUAUUAUUAAAGAGGAUAGGCAUCUGUUCCAUGUCAGGCAUGGGAUUUGUUUUCAGGAUGCACUCAGUUUGAACUCAACCAGUGAUUGCUGUGCUGACAUCAGUUUUUCAGGUCUUAAGUUUGUCCAGAUUUCGCUGCUAGGGAAGGGCGUGUUGGUCACUGGCUGUGACACUGGCUUUGGGCAUGCCCUUGCUCUUAAACUUGCUAAUAUGGGUGCAGUGGUUUUUGCAGGUUGUUUGUGGUCACAGGAGGGUGGUGCAAAACAGUUGAAAGAACACAAGAAUAUUCAUGUGGUGCAAAUGGACAUAACUUCAGACGAGGAAAUGACAGCAGCUCUUGAUUAUGUUACUAGGAACCUUCCUCUGCAAGGUUUGUGGAGUAUAGUAAAUAAUGCUGGAUGGAGCACAUUUGGUCACGUAGAAUGGGUGCCAAUCCAUAUCUGUCGCAAGAGCUUGGAAGUCAAUGUCUGGGGUAUGAUGAGAGUCAUUCGAGCCUUUCUGCCAUUAAUUAGGCAGACAAAGGGGAGGGUUGUGAACAUGUCCAGCGGCAUGGGGCGUCGCUGUGCUGCAAGCAGGGCGAGCUACUGUAUCACCAAGUAUGGAGUGGAAGCACUGUCAGACUGCUUGCGUUUUGAGAUGAGGCAGUGGGGUGUCAGCGUUGUCAUCGUUGAGCCUGGAAACUUCGUAAAUGCCACAGGUGUGUUCACACCCAGCUCAAUCCGCAGGGAUGCCACAGCCCUGUGGAAGCAGAUACCUGAACCAGUUCAGGCAGCCUAUACAAAGGAAUACUUUGAUGACUUUGUUAACAACAUGAUUACAUACUCAACACGUGGGACAACAGAUAAGGAGCCUGUGUUGGAUGCCUUGAUCAAGGCAAUUGUGCACAAGUACCCUCAUCCCCGAUACCAGCCCAUGGAGCUGUACUUCAAACUCUCUGUCUGGGUUAACACACACCUGCCAGAGUGGGUAUUUGAAGCUCUGUUCACUUAAGCAUCUGCACAUGGAUUACUCGUAACAUUCCUGUGGUGGAAUCUCAAUUAAAACUUCCUUGUAGUUCAUUUAGCAUUUAAAAUAGGCUAGUGUCUUAUGGUUGCACAGUACACACUUUUUUCCUCUCUCGUAUGCAUCUUGAUAAUAAACAAAGUUGAAUCAUCAUGGCAACACUUUACUUUGCGUGAAAAUUCAACUUUGGUUUUUAAAUUAUACCUAAACAGUAUGCAAUGUUAGAACUUAGUGCCAUUUGUUGUAGUUUAGUCUUUGCAGCGAUAGCGUACUUUUCACACAUAAUGAGAGUAUCAAAGUUUAAAAUGAAAAUAAAUGCCUCUGUUGCCUCUUUCCUGAUUUCUUGAUUGGAAUUUGAUUACAUUUUAUAUGGAAUAUUUGUACUAAGAUGUAAGUGUAAAAAUGAAUGUGGAAUAAGACAGACACUUCAUUUGAAUA